GAGAGAAAGGAAGAGAGAGAGAGAGAGCUACAGCAGCAGCAGCAGCAGCAGCAUCCCUGCUAAACAGCGGUACCUCACCAGUCUGACAGCCCACUGAGGUGUUUCCUUACAGAGCAUCCUUCACAAACAAACGAGCUAAACGAGACGAUGGCCACCUCCUCCUCGGCUCUGGAAGAAGACGAGAGCUUGAAGGGGUGUGAGAUCUUUGUGCAGAAGCACAACAUCCAGCAGAUCCUCAAAGAGUGCAUCGUGAACCUCUGCAUUGCCAAGCCUGAGCGGCCUAUGAAGUUCCUGCGGGAGCAUUUUGAAAAGCUGGAGAAGGAAGAAUGCAAGCAGAUUAUGGCACGGCAGAAGUCUAACAGCCAGUCAGACUCCCAUGACGAUGAGGUUUCUCCUCCUCCUCCAAACCCGGUCGUCAAGGCCCGCCGCCGCAGGGGAGGAGUCAGCGCCGAAGUGUACACCGAGGAGGACGCCGUCAGCUAUGUUCGCAAGGUGAUUCCAAAGGACUACAAGACCAUGACUGCCUUGGCCAAGGCCAUCUCCAAGAAUGUGCUGUUUGCUCACCUAGAUGACAACGAGAGAAGUGACAUAUUUGAUGCCAUGUUCCCAGUCACCCACAUUGCAGGGGAAACGGUCAUCCAGCAAGGCGAUGAAGGAGACAACUUCUAUGUGAUUGACCAAGGUGAAGUGGACGUGUAUGUGAAUGGGGAGCUGGUGACCAACAUCGGUGAGGGAGGAAGUUUUGGUGAGCUGGCCCUGAUCUAUGGCACUCCCAGAGCUGCCACUGUUAAGGCCAAAACUGAUCUUAAGCUGUGGGGCAUCGACAGAGACAGCUACCGCCGCAUCCUCAUGGGAAGUACUCUGAGAAAGAGAAAGAUGUACGAAGAGUUCCUCAGUAAGGUCUCCAUCCUUGAGUCUUUGGAUAAGUGGGAGCGCCUGACUGUGGCUGAUGCUCUGGAGCCUGUUCAGUUUGAAGACGGGGAGAAGAUUGUGGUGCAGGGAGAGCCUGGAGAUGACUUCUUCAUUAUUACAGAGGGAAUUGCCUCCGUUCUGCAGCGCAGAUCUGACAAUGAAGAGUAUGUGGAGGUCGGACGCCUUGGGCCCUCUGACUACUUUGGCGAGAUCGCCCUGCUGCUGAACCGCCCCCGAGCAGCCACCGUUGUCGCCCGUGGGCCCCUCAAGUGCGUGAAGCUGGACCGACCCCGCUUUGAGCGCGUGCUGGGGCCGUGCUCUGAGAUCCUCAAGAGGAACAUCCAGAGAUACAACAGCUUCAUCUCCCUCACAGUGUGAGGGUCCCCUCCCACUCCACCAGCAGGGUGUGCACCAUCAUCAGCAGCAUCACAGGUCUAGCGUAAGGGUUGGGAACUGGGGUGUGUGAGGACACAGUGUGGGAAACGGGGAUUUUAAAUCUAAAUGACACAAAAAGCUUGUUUCCUACCUUUGAUUCUUUCAUUUAUCGCUUUUUUUUUUUACUUGUGCACUUUGACUCUAUCUUUGUCAUGUAGCUUUAUGUCAUAAACAGCGCAGGAGCAGAAAAAAAGCUGAACAAGGACAGAAACCAUCGAAUUCAUGAAGUUAUGAGUCAUGAUGCACGUGGGGAACUCGUACAAAAAUGGUGUUUGCACUUUGAUGUAUUUUAGAGAGCAUGUGGAUACCUUCAGGAAUCACAGAGGAAGUGAGGUCAUGUUUACGCACAGCGGGAGAAAGUGGCGUCACAUUUCUAUGCUCGCUGGAUGUCGUUGCGUUUUAAUGGAUUUUAUUUUCACCUCUACCUGUUGGUUGUAUCAUUUCUCUAUCAAAACAGAAAGGCAUUACACAAGUCUUUGUUCGCUGAAAUGUACUGUAGUCAGACAGGUAUGAAGAACACUUUUUUUUUUUUUGGCUGUUUUGUUAUUUUCUUUGCUUCUAAAGGAUGCUUUCAGUUCGGUUAACAGGUUGAAGGUCAUUAAAUGUAGCUUGGGACUGGUUUGUAGAUUGUUUUUAAAACUGAAGUGAAACAAUAAUGAACGUUAAAAUAUCUUGAGUUAAAACUUGUACUGUCUGUGCAUCGAGGGUGUGAUAUAGCUCAUUGUUGCUUUUAGCUUCACUGGUUUCCGUAUGCUUGCUGUUUUGGAGCCAACUUAGGUCUAAAAAGUCUAAAAUAGACAAUUUUUAACUCAUUAACUUUAACGUUUCUUAAUUUUUCCAUUAAAACCUUCUCGCCUACUUUCUGCUGCUUCCAGCUCUCCCCUUAGAGGCGCACAGAUCAGAAUUUUUAAGGCUGAUUUUCAAAUUAAGCAUUUGGGAUGUUUAGUUUUACCCCCCCACACACACCAUCUUGCUCAAAUAAACAUUGAACCUCAUCCAGCCAGCCUUGUCAGAGAUCCACUUUUUUAAAUCUUCAUAAUUAAUAUUUUGACUGCAGAUCCGGGCAAGUUCAGACUAGAAGCUAUUUACCUGUAGCCAUUUCUCCAACUUAUAAAGAUCUGCUCACAUCUGCCUUAAGUCAGACACACUUAGUUUGAUUCCAGGUAUAGUCUUUAACAUGUGACCUCCAUAAAUUAAAAUAUUUGUAGUAACGAUGACACACUCUGGGAUUAAUAUGCCAGACUGCUAAAAUUUCAGCCGCUCUAUAAUUGGAAGGCAAGUUUUCUAUGUAGAGUUGACUUAAAAGAAGGAGUUAAGGAUGUGGAAAAGGAAAGAUUUUUUCUUUAACUUUGAGAAAUAGAAAAGUAAUAUUUGUUUUUUCCCUCAUAAAAGUUUAGACACUGCUCGAUAUAUACUGUAGGUUGUCUUUUUUUAUAGAGAGAACUGUGUUCUCCCUUAUUACUGGCCUUAAAGAUUGGUUUUGGCACCUGGCUUCUGUGUCACCUCAUAAUAAUUCCCCAGUGAAACAGAAAGACAGUGAUUUCUAACUAAAACUUAAGGCACU